AUGGGUCAUAGGUUUGUUUUGGCAGCAGGAUGGCAUCAUGGCAACUUCAGCAGUUUGGAUUGCUAGGCAGCUGGAAACCAUGGCCAAAAUGGAGGUGAAAUCCUCACUUCUGGACAAUAUGAUCGGUGUUGGAGAUAUGGUUCUUUUAGAGCCGCUCAAUGAGGAGACGUUCAUCGACAACCUGAAGAAGCGCUUCGACCACAAUGAGAUAUAUACAUACAUUGGGAGCGUGGUUAUAUCUGUUAACCCCUACCGGUCCUUGCCCAUUUAUUCGCCGGAGAAAGUGGAAGAUUACAGAAAUAGAAACUUCUAUGAACUGAGCCCUCACAUCUUUGCUUUGUCGGAUGAAGCAUACAGAUCCCUCCGUGAUCAAGAUAAAGAUCAAUGCAUUCUCAUUACUGGGGAGAGUGGAGCAGGAAAAACAGAGGCCAGCAAGCUUGUCAUGUCCUAUGUCGCUGCAGUGUGCGGAAAAGGAGCAGAAGUUAAUCAGGUCAAGGAACAGCUUCUCCAGUCCAACCCUGUCCUGGAAGCUUUUGGAAAUGCCAAGACUGUGAGGAAUGACAACUCAUCUAGAUUCGGCAAAUACAUGGAUAUUGAAUUUGACUUUAAAGGCGAUCCGCUGGGAGGAGUGAUAAGUAACUAUCUUUUAGAGAAAUCUCGUGUUGUUAAGCAGCCAAGAGGUGAAAGAAACUUCCAUGUGUUCUAUCAGCUGCUCUCAGGCGCCUCUGAGGAGCUCCUCUACAAGCUUAAACUGGAGCGGGAUUUCAGCAGAUACAACUAUCUGAGUCUGGACUCUGCCAAAGUUAAUGGUGUGGAUGAUGCUGCCAAUUUCAGAACUGUUAGGAAUGCUAUGCAGAUCGUGGGCUUUCAGGAUCAUGAGGCCGAGGCUGUCCUGGAGGUAGUGGCAGCCGUUUUGAAACUGGGGAACAUCGAGUUCAAGCCUGAAUCACGAGUGAAUGGUUUGGAUGAAAGCAAAAUCAAAGAUAAAAAUGAGUUAAAAGAAAUUUGCGAGUUGACCAGCAUCGAUCAGGUGGUUUUAGAAAGAGCAUUCAGUUUCCGAACAGUUGAAGCAAAGCAGGAGAAAGUUUCAACCACGCUGAAUGUGGCUCAGGCUUAUUAUGCCCGUGAUGCCCUGGCUAAAAACCUCUACAGCCGGUUGUUUUCAUGGUUGGUAAAUCGUAUCAACGAAAGCAUUAAGGCACAAACAAAAGUGAGAAAGAAGGUCAUGGGUGUUCUGGACAUUUAUGGCUUUGAAAUAUUUGAGGAUAACAGCUUCGAGCAGUUUAUUAUUAACUAUUGUAAUGAAAAGCUUCAACAAAUCUUCAUCGAACUUACCCUCAAAGAAGAGCAAGAGGAAUAUAUUCGGGAGGACAUAGAAUGGACUCACAUUGACUACUUCAACAAUGCUAUCAUUUGUGACCUAAUAGAAAAUAACACAAAUGGAAUCUUGGCCAUGCUGGAUGAAGAGUGCCUGAGACCCGGCACUGUUACAGAUGAGACCUUCCUGGAAAAGCUGAACCAAGUGUGUGCCACCCACCAGCACUUUGAGAGCAGGAUGAGCAAGUGUUCCCGCUUUCUCAACGACACAACCCUGCCCCACAGCUGCUUCAGAAUCCAGCAUUACGCUGGCAAGGUGCUCUACCAGGUGGAAGGAUUUGUUGACAAGAACAAUGACCUUCUGUACCGGGACCUGUCUCAAGCCAUGUGGAAGGCUGGCCACUCCCUCAUCAAGUCUCUGUUUCCUGAAGGAAAUCCUGCAAAGGUCAACCUGAAGAGACCUCCCACCGCAGGCUCCCAGUUCAAGGCGUCUGUGGCCACGCUGAUGAGAAACCUGCAGACCAAGAACCCGAACUACAUCAGGUGCAUCAAGCCAAAUGAUAAAAAGGCGGCUCACAUUUUCAAUGAGAGUCUCGUAUGCCAUCAGAUCAGGUACCUGGGUCUUUUGGAGAACGUUCGAGUGAGACGGGCAGGCUAUGCCUUCAGGCAGGCCUAUGAACCUUGCCUGGAAAGAUACAAGAUGCUUUGCAAACAAACGUGGCCUCACUGGAAGGGUCCAGCAAGGUCUGGCGUGGAGGUUCUGUUUAAUGAGCUAGAGAUUCCUAUGGAAGAGUACUCCUUCGGGAGAUCCAAGAUAUUCAUCCGAAACCCACGGACAUUAUUCCAACUUGAAGACCUAAGGAAGCAGCGGCUGGAGGACCUGGCCACUCUCAUUCAGAAGAUUUAUCGAGGAUGGAAAUGUCGUACACAUUUUCUGCUCAUGAAAAGAAGCCAAGUUGUGAUUGCUGCCUGGUACAGGAGAUAUGCGCAACAAAAGCGGUAUCAGCAGAUAAAGAGUUCAGCCCUGGUGAUUCAGUCGUACAUCCGGGGCUGGAAGGCUCGAAAAAUUCUGCGGGAGCUGAAGCAUCAGAAGCGCUGUAAGGAGGCAGCUACCACCAUCGCGGCGUACUGGCAUGGCACCCAGGCGCGAAGGGAGCUGAGACGGCUGAAGGACGAGGCUAGGAAUAAGCACGCUAUUGCAGUUAUUUGGGCUUACUGGCUUGGAUCGAAGGCACGGAGGGAGUUGAAACGCUUGAAGGAGGAGGCUAGGCGUAAGCAUGCAGUUGCUGUGAUUUGGGCUUACUGGCUUGGACUGAAGGUACGCAGGGAAUACAGGAAAUUCUUUAGAGCAAAUGCUGGAAAGAAAAUCUAUGAGUUUACACUUCAAAGAAUUGUGCAAAAAUACUUGUUGGAAAUGAAAAAUAAAAUGCCUUCCUUGUCACCGAUAGAUAAAAAUUGGCCAUCAAGACCUUACCUGUUCUUGGAUUCGACUCACAAGGAGCUAAAAAGGAUCUUCCACUUGUGGAGGUGUAAAAAAUACAGGGAUCAAUUCACAGACCAGCAGAAACUUAUUUAUGAAGAGAAGCUCGAGGCCAGUGAACUCUUCAAAGACAAGAAGGCUUUAUAUCCUUCUAGUGUUGGGCAACCAUUCCAAGGAGCUUACCUGGAAAUCAACAAGAACCCAAAAUAUAAGAAACUCAAAGAUGCCAUUGAAGAGAAGAUCAUUAUUGCUGAGGUUGUGAACAAAAUUAAUCGGGCUAAUGGGAAGAGUACAUCUCGGAUUUUCCUCUUAACAAACAAUAACCUUCUCCUUGCUGACCAAAAGUCUGGGCAGAUCAAGUCCGAGGUCCCCCUGGUGGAUGUGACCAAGGUCUCCAUGAGUUCCCAGAACGAUGGUUUCUUUGCAGUGCACCUCAAGGAGGGUUCAGAAGCGGCUAGUAAAGGGGACUUUCUCUUCAGCAGUGACCACCUGAUUGAAAUGGCAACCAAGCUGUAUCGCACGACUCUCAGCCAAACUAAACAGAAGCUCAACAUCGAGAUUUCCGAUGAGUUCCUGGUACAGUUCAGACAGGACAAAGUAUGUGUGAAGUUUAUUCAAGGCAACCAGAAAAAUGGGAGCGUGCCAACCUGCAAACGAAAGAACAACAGACUCCUUGAAGUCGCUGUCCCUUAAGUGAGGCUUCCUCUCUGCUCUCACGGACUUGUUUCCUCGUAACAGUGCAAUUUUACUUUGUUUUAUUUGGGGUUCACUGUAUGUUUGGGAAUUGCCAAAGGCUAACUGCUAGCGUCCUCUUGGCACAAUUAAAAGUAUUUGACUAAUGAGUUUUAAUUAUCAGAAUAGUUCAUUCCUAAGUCCACAUUCUGUCCUGGGCAGAAUUAUAGAAAUUAACAGUGUCUGUCUCCAUGGUUUAUGUGUUUUCUCCUUAGUUACCUAGACUUGUGUACCCUAAACCCACAUAUUACCCAUAAAUCACUAGUACAUGUCAGCAUAGGAGGGGAGCUAACAGUCAGUUAUCAGAUAUUUAUUGAAUGCCUACUUUUUGCUGGGCCCUGUGCUGAACUUAUUCGGAGAUUUCUAUUUUUAAAGCUGUUGCCUUCUGGCUGAUUUGUGCUGUCGAAGCAACAGCUAAGAAGGUUGAAGAGAUUGGGGCAAAUGAGACAAUAAAUGACGGCCACUGGUAGGAACCCGGUAGUGUGACAUAAACAGUACACCCACUGAGAAGUAGAGGUCCUGGGUGGAUUGGAGAUAGGUAAUUGGGUAGAAUACUCCUGAGAGGUUUGGAGAUAGAUGAUUGGGUGGAAUUCCUCUGUUUUUGUUUGUUUGUUUGUUUGUUUGUUUUUCAUAAAUCUAUUUGAAAAAGAGAUAACCAACAUUUAAACAUACACAUUUAUUGGUUCAGAUCCAUUUUCACUCUAGAAAAAGUAACGGAAGCAGGGCUGUAGAAUGCUUUGUUCCUGUUCCAGAGAAGCAUGAGAUAGGACCCUGGAUGUCCACAGUGUAUCCACCCAGAGUCAUUAGCUUUUGAAACUGCAUGAUAAGAAGAGGCUGAGAGCCGUUCAGACUGGCAGAUCUUCUCUUUGAUGUGCAAUAAAACAUCCAAGAUCACUUUUGAAAGUUUUAUUUAUAAUAUGCAUUUUUGGUAUGAGAGAGCUGAUUGGUACAAGGUGUGUAUUUUAGUCAGAUCAAAAUUAAGUUAGAAUUAGUUUUCAGGGCUUUUUGGUUUUGUUUUUUUUUUUUUCCUUCAAAAUUAACAAUAAGGAUUCAUUUUGGAAACCACAUUUUAAACUCUGGAAUUAAAUUGUUUCUUAUUUGGGAGGAUAAUGUAAAUACAUUGGGAUUAUGUUAAUAAUAAAAUUGUUCUAAUUUGGUGCCA